AUGACCGAAUGGAGAUAUGUGCCAACUAACCUAAACGUAGCGGAUGAAGGGACGAAGUGGAAAGGGCUUCCGGAUCUGUCUUCGGAAGCUAGAUGGUUCAAAGGUCCUGAGUUUUUGCGACAUCCAGAAGAAAAUUGGCCACGUUCAAGUACUACAGUGAAAACCACCGACCUGGAGCUUCGCCCUAGUGUGCUAGCGCAUUUCGUAUCUCUAGAACCUAUAGUUUGCGUAAGGGAAUUUUCCAGUUGGAAACGGCUUAUCAAUGUAGUCGCCUUUGUUCAACGAUUUCCUGCCAAUUGCAGGUUGAAGCUCCUGAAGAAAUCAAUCGCGAGUGGACCAAUUUCUGGACAAGAAAUGUUGUCUGCCGAAAUGUAUCUAAUUCGUCAAGCUCAGCAAGAAUCUUUUCCAGAUGAGAUUGUCAUCCUUCGAAAGCAGCAAAAGUGUUCGGCUCAAACCUCAAAUCCGAUUCCCCAGACUAGUGCAUUGCACCAGAAAACACCUUGGAUGGACCAAAAUGGAAUAAUAAGAAUGCGUGGACGUAUCGCUGCAUGUCACUAUGCGACCGAAGAUGCCAAGUAUCCAAUAAUACUCUCGCGUGACCACCACACCACUAAAUUAAUCGUCGGUCAUUACCAUCAAAAAUACCAUCACCAAAACCAUGAAACCGUGAUAAACGAGAUCCGUCAAAAAUACAGCAUACCGAAACUUCGCAUGAUCUUCAAAAAAGUACGUGGAGACUGCCAACUCUGCAAGAAUAACCGGGCUAUACCGUGUCCACCUAUCAUGGCUGACCUUCCCGAAGCACGACUUGCUGCUUUCGAACGCCCAUUCACUCAUGUUGGCAUUGACUUUUUUGGGCCAUAUGAAAUUGUUAUUGGACGUCGAAUUGAGAAAAGAUGGGGAAUGCUCGCAACUUGCCUCACGAUCCGAGCGAUUCAUAUCGAUGUCGUUCAUUCCCUCUACACCGAUUCAUGCGUCAUGGCAAUACGAAACUUUAUCUCUCGGCGAGGCAAACCGCGGGUGUUUCAUAGCGACCGUGGCACCAAUUUUAUCGGUGCCAACAGAGAACUGAGGGAAGCGGAAAAAUCUGUGAACCAAAAUGAUCUGAUGAAAGAAUUUGUGGAUAGCGAAACGAAGUGGGAGUUUUUGCCACCCUCUUCUCCGCAUAUGGGCGGCAGCUGGGAGCGGUUGAUUGGUUCCGUCAAGAAAAACCUGAUGGCAAUUCUACCCGCACGGAAGCUGUCGGAUGAGGUCCUGCGGAAUGUGCUUACCGAAAUUGAAAACACGGUCAAUUCUCGACCGCUAACUCACGUUCCAGUUGACGACGACUCAGCUCCUGCCUUGACACUUAACCACUUCCUCCUUGGGUCAUCGAAUGGAAUUAAACCGCUCUGCACUCUCGAUGACAGCGAUGUCGUGUUAAAACAAGGCUGGACACUAUCCCAAGUUCAGACUAACUUGUUUUGGAAGCGUUGGGUAAGCGAUUACUUGUCUGAAAUAACUCGACGUACCAAGUGGUUCGUCCAUACAAAACCAAUCGAAGUGGACGAUAUAGUGGUGAUAGCCGAUCCUAAGAUGCCACGGAACUGCUGGCCGAAAGGCAGAAUUAUUUGCGUCCAUCCUGGACGAGAUCACCAACCCAGGUCUGCGACUGUGAGGACAAUGACUGGUAUAUAUGAGCGUCCGGUAGCCAAGUUAGCUGUGCUAGAUGUGCGGCGCGGAGGAGCGUAA